GGUGAGUCUAGUGUUAUUUUGAAAUUUAAACGACACCCAUUAGUAAGUAGCAAAAAAUUUUGUAUUGAGAACUUGGGUCACCGGAAGGACGCGUGAUUAAUACGGACCUGAAUAACGUGGACUAACGUAAUUGAAACGAUGGAUAAGUUCCGACUUUCCUUCUGCUUCUUCAAUCUUCUCUCCUUUCACCGAAGGAAAAUGAAAAUGGUGAUGGGCAGUUGGAGUAAUUUCACAACCCUUUUCUUCCUCAUCUCCUUCAUUCUCGCACAGUUGAUUUUUACCACAACUUCUCAACCGGAAUUUUUCUUCUGGAAAUGUUCAGACAACGGCAACUACACCAACAACAGCCCUUUCAAGAGAAAUCUGGACAACGCACUCGCCUCCGUCUCCUCCAAAUCCAACACCAACCCCCAGGGAACUGACUACGGCUUCUAUAAUGCCUCCUCCGGCGAAGAUCCCGACAGAGCCAACGUUAAGGUGCUCUGCCGUGGAGGUGCUCCCUUGGAACAAUGCAGAAUUUGUGUGAAUAACUCAGUCCGCAGGAUUUUGCAAAAUUGCCCUGCCCAGAAGGAAGGUACUGGAUGGUACCACGAUUGCCAGAUUCUUUACUCAAACAACUCUAUCAAUGGUGAGAUAUCCAUUGCAGGGGCGGGUCAAACUUAUUACAACGUCAAUACAGCCCCAGACGCGAAGGGUUUCAACGAGGCACGGAGGGAGUUGCUGGAUGGGCUGCGAGAGAAGGCUGCCAGAGGGAGUUCUAUUCGCAAGUCCGCUGGCGGCGAUGUGAAGCUUCAAGCUCCGAAUACGUAUACCAUAUAUGGGCUUGUUGAUUGUUUUCCCGAUAUGCCGUUCUUCGAUUGUGAUGUGUGCCUCAGUCGCCUUCAGAGUUCUCUUCCUAGUUGUUGUAACGGCAGCAUAGGGGCCAGAUUAGUGGUGACUAGUUGCCAAAUCAAUUAUGAGAUCCACCCUCUGUAUGAGUUACUCCUCUCUCCGCCUCCGCCUCCGCCCUCAGCUGCUGAACUCCCACCGCCAUCUGCGCCUCCAACCGGAGGAAACGAUGGCAAUACGGUUAGAACUGUUAUAAUCGUUGUGGCGUCCGUCGUUUCUGCUAUCAUUCUCGUUGUUGCCAUUUUCAUCAUUUUGAGAUUCAGGAAGCGUAACCACAGAACACCGUUACAAACAUUUGAAGGUGCUUCUCUUGUUGACAACACUGAUGAAAUUAGCAGUGCAGAGACGAUUCAAUAUGAUUUUGACACUAUUAAAGUUGCAACAAAUGAUUUCUCAACUGAAAACAAGCUUGGACAGGGUGGAUUUGGAGCUGUUUACAGGGGUGAGCUACAUAAUGGACAGCAGAUAGCAGUGAAGAGGCUUGCAAAUAAUUCACAGCAAGGAGAUAUUGAAUUCAAAAAUGAAGUCCUUUUGGUCGCCAAACUUCAACACCGAAACUUGGUCAGGCUGUUGGGAUUCUGCUUGCAAGGAAGCGAAAGACUUCUCAUAUAUGAGUUUGUACCAAAUGGCAGCCUUGACCACUUCAUAUUUGAUUUUGGAAAGCGGACACUAUUAGAUUGGGAAAGACGGUACAAAAUUAUAGUUGGGAUUGCACGAGGACUUCUUUACCUUCACGAAGAUUCUCGCCUUCGAAUUAUACAUCGUGAUCUCAAAGCUAGUAAUAUUUUGUUAGAUGGAGAAAUGAAUUCAAAAAUUGCAGAUUUUGGUAUGGCAAGAUUGUUCGAAGUAGAUGAGACUCAAGGAAAUACUAGUAGAAUUGUGGGAACUUAUGGUUAUAUGGCUCCGGAGUAUGCGAUGCAUGGACAAUUUUCAAUAAAAUCAGAUGUCUUUAGCUUUGGUAUUUUGGUUCUUGAAAUUUUGAGCGGCCAAAAAAAUAAUUGUUUUCGCAACGGGGAAAAAGUGGAAGAUCUCUCCAGCUUUGCAUGGAAAAAUUGGAAGGCAGGAACAACUAUAAAUGUCAUAGAUUCUGCACUUAGUGCCGGUUCAAGAAUUGAAAUGAUAAGAUGUGUUCAUAUUGGACUACUAUGUGUUCAAGAGAAUGCAGCAGAUCGACCAACAAUGACUUCAGUGGUACUAAUGCUUAGUAGCUUCUCUCUCAGUCUCCCAGUACCUUUUGAACCUGCAUUCUUUAUGGACAGUACAUUGACAAAGUCAAAUCCAUGGUUGGAAAUGACUCAAGCUAGUAACUCUGGAAGUACUCCCCUCCAACGUUCUGAAAAUGAAACUUCAAUUACUGAACUCCACCCUCGAUAGAUUAUCACAUGUUGGUAAAAUAUGUUAUUUUGAAAGUUGUUUCUAGUUUUGAUAAAUUAUGUAUUUAGCAUUUGAUGAUGGGUCGUUUAACUUGUAUCAUGUAUGUAUUUAUUGUUCAACGGAGCAUUAAAAGUUGUAUUUAGUGAAA